UAAACAAAUAGUUAUGUAUUUACAAGCAAAUGAAAAUAAUUAUUUACCCUCCAGCAAAUGAAUAUGAAAUUAUGUGUUUGUGUUCUGGUGACUCGCGACAUCAACUUUAGCGCGGUGUUACAAUUAGUGUGCCGACAAAGGCACUUUUUAUCCGUUGCGGCUUAUUUAUUAUUUAGAGUUUGAUUCCGAGACGUAAUGUAUACCCGUUUUGGUAAAUAGAAGUUUGUUUUGAUUAACGUAACCUCAAACUAACUUGCGCAUGUCAUUUAAGCAAGGAGUCAGUUACGAUAUAUGCGCCAGUCGAGACGACCUAACCUAAGAUCCACCACAUCCGGUCGGCAGCCGUUGAGUAAAACGUCAACAUUGAAGAUUGGAUGUAAACAAAGCUUUACGCCCCGAAGACGACGAUGGAUAAGGCGUAGGGCUUGAUGGGGUACCGGACAUCACCCCCGGCCCUUCGCUCGCGCCUUCUGACCCGUUCUGCACGCAGGAAAUUCGUUGCAUGGCAAUUGGUCCGAAACGUCCGGUUUUAGGGGCUGAAAAACGCCAUAUUGGGCUUCGCCGAAGACCUGCUAGCCCUGAGGAGGAUUUUCGGAGUUGACAAACUAUGGGGCUCUGGUGCUUGGUGACCGAAUCCCGAAGCUCUAGACUAUGUGGACCCCAAAUACUAUCCAGGACUCGAACGAUGGAAACCUGGGCAACGCCCAGCCGCCGUUAGGCUGGUUCCCAACAUGGAAACCCUGCACGCCGUGAUGCAAGUCAAUAUAUUCAGCUGCAGCAAGUCGGGGAACAGCAUCAGGAGCAGGACUGCCAGGUGCCGGUGCACAUCUUCAUGCUCUUCAUCUACAUCGAAUUCCCUAUGCAACCACGGGUUUCGAUCGAUCGCCGUCCUGAGAUGAAAACCUUCGGUUUUAGCUGACGCAGGCUGAGCGCACAGAUGCCCGGGAAAAUGAAAGAAAUCGAUCGAAGUGUGCAUCGAAUGAGCGAAAAAACUGGUGGGGCGCACCAGUGUUAGCCCCCAAUUCAAAACACCUGCGAAGGGCCGACUAGCGAAGACCCACAACAUAAUGCGGCAUCGCAGCUUGAUUUACACCAGCCAUGUGCUGGCGUGGGUUGUCUCAGCGCUGGGCAGCACAGUGCUGAUAGCUGACAACAGCAUGUCCAGAAUGAUCGAGCUGACCACCAACGACCCCUAUUGCAACGUGCACACCGACAGGGGCAACAUUCGAACCAUGCUAUUGGCUGCGGACGCCUCGCGCAUCCGCCAAAUGGCCGACGAAGAGAUCGGCAAGCUGGAGGAAGUGUGCCAGAACAAAGAGGCGCUGCGGCGGCAACAAGGAGGCUUCAUUUACCCGGGCACCAAAUGGUGCGGGCCUGGGGAUGUCGCUGCCAACCACUCGGACUUGGGCUACUUUAAGAAGGAGGACGCCUGCUGUCGGGAGCACGACAACUGCCCCCAGUACCUGAUGAAGGGCCAGUGCCAGCAGGGGAUCUGCAACAACUCGCCCUAUACAAGGUCGCACUGCGAUUGCGACGCAACUUUCCGCAAAUGCCUGCAGAACGUGAACAGCGAAACGGCCAAUACUAUUGGGGCCAUUUUCUUCAACGUCAUCCAAGUGGUGUGCUUCCAGCAGCGCAGCCCCUGCUCGGAAUGGCAAAGCCCUCACUAUUCCAGCAAUAGCAGUAGCUUGCAAAGGAACAGCAUGCGCUCGCUUAUCAACACGGGCAGCUCGGACUGUCGCUUAGAAUGGGCCAAGUCCGAUAGGUACAAGCAGCCCGGCGCCAGCAGGCUGCGUUUGGGCCUUUUCAAGCGCACAAAACUGCUGAUUUUGAAGCAGUUUUUCCAAAAAAUCGCACGCCUGCUCUAGUUGUUGUCGCCAAUACACGCUUAUUGAUUUGCA